AGGACUCCAGUGAACAUGCUUUUGCUGAACAUUAGCGUGAGUGACAUGCUGGUCUGUGUAUUUGGGACCACCCUGAGUUUCGCUUCAAGUAUCCAUGGUCGGUGGCUGGUAGGCAAGCACGGAUGUAUGUGGUAUGGCUUCAUCAACUCCUGUUUUGGUAUUGUUUCCUUGAUCUCUCUGGCUAUCUUGUCCUAUGAUCGCUACAGCACCUUGACUGUCUGUAACAAGGCAGCCACAGGCUUCCGGAAACCUCUUCUAUCUGUGGGCGCCUCAUGGCUGUAUUCACUGGUUUGGACAGUGCCCCCACUCUUAGGCUGGAGCAGUUAUGGUCCAGAGGGGCCUGGGACAAGCUGUUCUGUGACAUGGACAUCAAAGUCUUCUGAUUCAGUGUCCUACAUCAUCUGCCUAUUCAUAUUCUGCUUCGCCAUUCCAGUUCUAGUUAUGGUGUACUGUUAUGGACGUCUUCUUUUUGCUGUGAAACAGGUUGGAAAAAUCAGGAGAUCAGCAGCCAGAAGAAGGGAAUUCCACAUUUUAUUCAUGGUGAUUACUACAGUUGCCUGUUACUUGAUAUGCUGGACGCCGUAUGGUGUAGUGGCCUUGCUUGCAACAUUUGGCAGACCUGGCAUAAUCUCACCAGUUGCAAGUGUUGUUCCCUCCAUCCUAGCUAAGAGCAGCACUGUCAUUAAUCCUGUAAUUUACAUUAUGAUGAACAAGCAGUUUUACAGAUGCUUCCUGAAACUUCUCCACUGCAGUGCUGGGGAACCUAUAGAUGGAACAUCUACAGUUAAGUCAAAAAGUACUGCUCUUCAACUGAAUCGCCGAGUGUACAACAACACAGUGGCCUGCACCGUGCUCGACUCUGUUGCUGUGGAUGAUCAAGGAAGUUCUUCUGCAGAGCAGGACAACGAACAACUGAAGCCUCUUCAGACAACGUGUUCUCUUGAGUGAAAUUAAGUAGUGCUAGGAAUUCCACACGGUAGCUUUCCUUUAUGAGUUGUGCUGCAUUG